AUGACACUGCUCUUAGUAUAUCCUAUUGGUACCUCUUAUAUAUCUUAUACAUCAAAUGAACAGAUUGGGACCCAAGCGCGUACCUUGAUGCACCCUGAACAAAAUAUUUCCUUACUUUCCUCUGGUGAUACCAACCCAAACCUUAACCACGCGAAACAUUUUUCAAACAUUAAUUUAAAUCCGCUGGAUAGUAAGAUUAAUGCUGAUAAUAAUGUAAUCCUGGAACCACGAAAUCCGACAAUGUCCAAACCUUCCGUGAAAACUGAAGAUGAUUUUGACGUUAACGAAUAUUUUGCUAGGCUGCAGGGCACGAGAUACGUAAGUGCACCUCUAAAUAUCGCUAUUAAAGAGGAACAGAAAACAAAUUUGGGAACAGAAGAAGAGAAUUUAGAAGAAAUAAAUCUAAAUGAACCAGAUAAAACAGUCGUUGAUGAUUUUCAACAAAGUAUAACAGCUGAUAUCGCUCAGAAUUUCUCACAACUUCCCACCGUUCUGCCGCAAGUUGCGAGCGCUGUAUUCAGCUCAUUCUCUAACAUGCUAAGCAUAAAAAGUUGGGAGCAAACCCCUGAGUUUGGGAAACCACAACCUGACUACCAGGAUGCGGUUAAGCAGUUGGAGGAUAUAGGAGUGCCUUUGAUGAGUGUUCCUAAUCUUGACAAAGAAAUGGCACCACCGCCAAAGGAGCCCCCUAUAAUUGGUACUGCUUCCAAUUAUCGCAUAACGACGAGGAAGAAAAUGUACGCGCAGAUACCUGGCCUGACAUCUGGAGAUACUAUACAAAAUGUGCCGAUAAAUAAUUCGCCUAUGAAUCCAACAAAUACUUUUCCGUAUUUUAAUCCUAACAAUAAUACGUCAAGUGCUACAGAAAAAAGACGAGAAAUAGAUUUUCCUGCGUCAACAAUACCAGCAACAUAUGAUUCAAGUAUUUUCGAAGGACCACCAUCAUGCUUAGAUAAAGCCGAUCAACAAACAGAUAGAUCGGACGUUGCCACUGGAACUGCUCCUGAUAUUAAUUUAGCAAAUUCUACACAUGAAAACAUAGCACAAGAAAAUCAAUCACAACCAUUUUCAUCAACAAAUAUUCAAACAAAGUCUGUUAUAACAGUUGAAAAGAAGAACCAAACGGAACCUUGCGCACCUUCUAAUUAUGUAUUUAUUCCCCCAACUCAGCAAACAUUAUUAGAAACUGCUUCUAAUGUUUCUGUAAUUCCCCCACCGCCAAUGUUUUCCAAUUUAUCGAAAAAAGAAGGACAGAGCAACGUGAGAUCAGUUCUACCACCAUCUAUAGCAAGGCGUAUAGCAGCAAGUAAUCCUGUAAUAAAACCUCAAACUGCAUCAUCUACCGUAACUCCACUACAUAAUAUAUUUAUACCAUCUUCAGAUAUUUCUACUCAAUCACAAUUAGAACAAAACGACCCUAGUUCUACAAAGUUUGUUACGACGUUGAUGUCAAAUCCAUUAACUGGCACAGAAGAGCCCGUAAAUAAGUUGAUUUUUGAUGGUACGCCAACAGUUUUUUCACAAAGCGGAAAUACCUUCCCCACCAUUGGUCCACCCGUAUUUAAACCAUCAGACUUUUCGACACCUUCGGUUAGGCAAAUAACACAACUAACUACAAAGGAUAAUAAAGAUUUUGAGGAAACUGAAAUAUCUCAUGCUUGCAGAACAUCUGAUUUAUUGGUUGCACCGUUAUCACAGUUAAAUUUAGUACCACCUGUCUCUAAUACUGAUCGAGAAUUGACUUCAAAUAUACCGUAUUUCGAAGAGACAACUUCUAAAGUAUUAUCAACAAACAUUUCCCAAAGACAGUUGCCGUCAAAGAAAACAAUACCACCACCACCAGUAUUCUUUAAUCCAAACACUGUAUCAACAUUCGAUUCUCAAACUGAAGCACACAAAUAUGAAACUAACAAGAACGAAGCCAUCUCUAUAGGAUCUACCCACUUUGUACCUGAUACCGUUACAUCGGCACCCACCAAAAACUUACCUGAACCUCCAAAAAUAUCAAGUAGUCAUAACUUCAGAAUGACGAAGAAAAAACCUCAGUAUUAUUCUGGUCCGAUAGAAGGCUUUGGCAGUAUAACUAAUAAUGUGAAUGUGAAACCUACGAUCGAUGCUGUUCAAACCAACGUGUUUCAGGGAUCUCUUUAUACCCCUGAGUUACCUUUGGAGUCAACAUCAUCGGAGUUAAGUUCUACGUUAUCUGAUACUCGCCAUUCUGCCACCCCGUUCGAUUUAACUAAUCCAACCAACAAUUUAUCAUCUUAUCCAAAAUAUGACGUUAAUCAGUCACAAGAACUUACUUAUUUACAACCUGAGUGUAAUACUGCAUUUGAUUUGAGCCGACAAACCUCAGAAUAUUAUGAUCAACCUCCUCAAGAAUCUAAAGGAUUUGGCAUAAUUGGGUCAUUGAAAUCUAAACUAAGUUCAAUAGAUAUCAACAAGAUUCAAAAUACAGUUACUACCUUCUUCGAUCCUGCUUAUAAUUAUACUAAAAUGGAAGCCAUAAGUAAUCACGAGAAUAUUCCGUACGAUAGUGUAACUACAAAUAAAUCAACACACCAGGAUCAAUACGCUGUAACACCAGACAAUAAUUUAGAAAUAUUAGUCCCCAAUUUAGAACCAGAACCACAAACGUAUACGGGCUAUAAUUAUCAAAUGAUAGAUAGUAAUAAUAUUAAUACAACGUCAAGCAACGUUCCUUAUAAUACGUUUCAGUACAGUUACUUUGAUAACCAAACUAAUAACCCUUAUGUACCUAGUACUUACUCUAACGAAAAUGCAAAUAAGAACGAUCCCGCACAAGCAAAUCUUUCUUCAUCUUCGUGGAAUACGGAAUUUACUAUUGGAUUAACUAAUACACAGGAUUCUAUGAAAGGUGUUGGCGAUGAAAACAUUAUUGAGUCUGGUUCUGAAGCAAAAGAACAAGAGUCCCAAAUCGUAACGUCAAGUUUUCCAGAGACCAACAUUUAUAAAUCAAGUUUGAGUCCAGUCUUGACCUCGAACUAUUUACACAACACUUUGCAAAACUCUGUAGCUGAUUCUCUUACUUCUGAAUCAAAAACCUGUAUAGAUACUAAAACUCAUCAAAAUGAGUUUUUACAAAGACAACCCUCAAAAGCUGAGGAAAGAGCAAAUAAUUCUUUAUUAUUCGAAACAUCAACACCGUGUGAAAUUGUAGAACAACGUAACGCUACUAUCACGGACAGUUUAAUAAAUGCAAACUUUUUUACACAUACUAAAAGCACUACAACAAGAGAUGAAAAACUUAAUAAUGUCGACUCACAAGUUUCGAAAGGAGAAUGUUGUAAAUAUUUUGAACCAUCAACAGAUUUAUUUUGUGAUUCAUUGUUCAGUCAACCUACUACCGAUGAAUCUAAUAGUGUCACUGACAUAACAAGUCAUUCAAAAAAUGUGGCAUCGCUAGAGACAUCCAAAAAUCAAGAACCCUAUGUUUUUAACCAAAACGCUGCUGAUUUCUUCGAUAGUCCCUUCUCGAUCGAAAAGAAUUUAGCACUAGACGGUGAAAAAAAAAGCGAAAAUGACUUAAAUAUUUGUGAGACAUGUAGAGAAGUCAAUAAACCCGAAGAAAAAGAAUUAGAAAAUUUAACCGAUCAGUUAAUUGAAAAUAUAACUGCGCCUAUACAGCUUUCUAAUCCAGUUGAAGUCCCUCUCACUCAAAACAAUAUAUCAGAUGUAAGCGGAACAGAUUUUGAACCUGAUCAGUGCGCUGAAAUUUCGCAUAUUACAGAAGAAACUAUUGAAUCUAUACACGUGCAUGCUACUUCGGAACUUUUGGGCGACGUUGACAAUACUACGAUAAUUAAAAAUUAUGGGUGGUGCACGAAUGAUACUACUCUGACAUCUUCUGACGCUCUUUUGGAACAUGACUAUACUCUACCGCCUGUUGAAAAUACUAUAGGACUUUUUCAAAAUAAAUCUUUGUGCUUAGAUAGUAUACCAACUAAUGCAAGCGAUGAAAUUAAAGCAGUAUACCAACAUUCAUUUGAAGACACAAUGACAGUUCUUCCAAGACAAAUAAGUAUCCCUACAGCACCCCCAGCAGAGGACGAUACAAAAUCAGAUGAAAGUGGUUUAGAUGUGCACUCCAUAGAACAAGAUGCAAAAAAGGAUUUUCCUAUAUUUGAAGAGUAUGUGAUCGAGCCCUCUGAAACAGAUGACGACAAAAUAGUCUUUAGAGAACGUGAGAGAAGCUCUGAUGAACCUAUUCAAGAUAUAGACACGUUUACGUAUAGAGUGGAAAGAUAUAAAAAGAUGGAAGAAACGAACACCGAUCAUAAUGAUGACAUAAUAUUUGAUACCCACAAAAGUUCCAAAACAUAUGAUCUGCCCACUUCAACCAGUCCGUCCAUAACUAUAGCUUCAUAUUUUGAUACGGGUAACUACGCAGUAGAAAACUACUACCGGAAUUCAUUAACAUCCCCAUCGAGCCUUAACAAUUAUUGUUCAACUGCUCAAAGUUCUUUAAUGCGUGUACCUCCCGGGUUCGAAGAUGAAUUCCAAAGGAAAUUAAGCUUGGUGUCCAACGAAGGCUUAUUAACAUCUGAUCGAGAAGAAAAAGUGAAAUACAUUCAUGAUACAGUAUCCCAAAGUAAUUUAUUCACGACGUUAACUCGAAAUGAAUUGUCUCUGGGCACUAAUAUUUCAUCUGAACAAACUGAAAAAGAAUCCGCAACAAUUGUUGGUGAAACCCAUUUAUCUAAUAAAUUGAUAAAUGUAUCCGAAGAAAUCUUAUCUCCAACAACAGCAAAAAGUGAUUUAAAAUUACCAGAUUUUGCGAGUGCUUUUAGUGUAAAGAAUAAUGACGGCGAUUCCCAAGAGACACUAUCCGUAUUUUCUAACGUUGAACCAGAAAAUACAGCGGAAACAGCUGUCCAAUUCCAAAUCGCAAGCGCUUUGUCAUUGUCUGAUUCAGCAAAUUUCUUUUCAACAACUUCAGCCUCAGGUGUCACAGAAAGUUCGGAUGUUUACGAUUUUAGUAGGUUAUCGAGCUACUUCUCAACACAAACUCAAGCCGAUCCUUCAAAGUCUUUUUUUGAGUUAAGUCAAUCCCAAAACCAUUAUAGGCAAAGUGUAAGCUCCACCUCUCAACGUGCUAUUGAAAACAUUUCGAAAUAUGCUAAUUUAGACAGCCUUAACGCCGUUUCGACACAAUCUAAACAAAAUAAUGUUAACGAUAUACGUAACAUUCCAAAUGAAGCGUACAUUGCCAAUGUGGAUCUGAUGAAAGAUCUAACAUCUACCACUAAUAUUGAUUUCAUUCCAAAAGAACAAACAAUUAGGUCCGUUAACUUUUUUACUGUUGAAUACGAUAAUAAUCCUUUGAAAAUUGCUUUUAACAACGAGUCUAAACUUGUUGCAUCAAGGCAAGUUGAUAAUAUAAUCAAUAAUAAUAAUGAAUCAAACGAACUAACAGAAACGAGUACCGACGCCGACCCAAUAACUAUUAUUGAAGUCUGUUCACAUUGCUGUAACAAAGAAAGUAGUAUAAUCAGAGAAAUAAAAGGUGAUAAUUUAGAUGGUAUAGGUUCAAGUAACUAUAAAUUUAGAAAAUUGAUGGACAAAAAUAAUUCCGAAACAAAUAAAGACAUUGACGUAAUGGAAAAUAAAAAAGAAGUUGCUCGGGGAAGAUCGGCUACUGUCAAUUUUGACAGUUAUUCAAUGAACGAGGAUAAAGAAGACAGCGUUGCUAUCAUGACUGAGAACCGUUCCGUUGGGGAGUACAGCCCAGUCAAGCACCACUGGUUCUAUUGCGUUGAUUACGAGGGAAAGUCUGUUUGGAAAGGCUUUUCUGCAGUCGACUCGACGGCUUUGGAGAAUGCCUUCGUCACUCCUGAUUUAAAUGAAAACACACUCGUUCCAACUGACGGUGGAAGAUUCGACGUGAACGUGGUCGGCAGGCUCAGGAUGCCCGUGUACUGGUCAGAGAAACCAACAGACGUUCUGAGGUGCAGCUGGUUCUACAAAGGCACCACUGAUGCCAGAUAUGUACCGUACUCUGAGUCAGUGGCUGAAAAGUUGGAGGAGGAGUACAAGCAUGGGAUAACAACAGGGGAAUGGCAUCGAAGGUUGACCCUCCCGAAUGGCGAGCUGGUUGUGAUGCACGGCCCCGCUGUGAUGGUGCACUUCCUGCAAAGUGGUGCCUCUGAUGCGUUUAGCUCAUCGUCUCAAUCGACUAUGAGACCGAGGGUAGUUAGAAGAGGGUGUGUGGAGAGCGAGAUGGAAGAAAGCGAACCGUCUAAAGUGGAUCACCUGCUGCUCCUUUGUCACGGGGUGGGGUCCGCUUGCGACAUGAAGUUUCGGCCCGUGGAAGAAGUAGUCGACGAUUUCCGUGCAACAAGUCUCCAACUGCUGCAGUCUCAUUAUAAAAACUCUUACGAAAAUGGAGUCGUCGGGAAAGUAGAAGUGCUGCCGAUAUCCUGGCAUUCAACCCUGCACUCCGGUGAAAGAGGUGUAGACAAAAGACUUGCCCAAAUCACCCUCGACAGUAUACCACGCUUGAGGAACUUCACCAACGACACCGUUCUCGACGUCCUGUUCUACACGAGCCCGGUAUUCUGCCAGACUAUAAUAGAUACGGAACAGGAACAGGCGCAGAAGCAGUUCGUGAGUGGCACGGCGGGCACGGGACAGCCCACCGUGAAAUAUCCACGACUGCAGUUCAAUCCCGACGCUCUGUACGCACUUGGAAGCCCCAUAGCGAUUUUCGAGUGCAUACGUGGAGUGGAACUGCUCGGUCCUGAAUUCUGUUUGCCGACCUGCAAGAGAUUCUUCAAUAUCUUCCACCCUUACGAUCCGAUCGCUUAUAGAAUCGAACCCCUAAUAAAUCCUGAACUAAGAGACGUGAAACCGUUGCAAAUUCCUCACCACAAAGGAAGAAAACGUAUGCACUUGGAACUAAAAGAUACGAUGGCGCGCGUCGGCGCGGACAUAAAACAGAAGUUGCUCGAGUCCAUCAAGAACACUUGGUCCGUUAUGUGGAAAACUCAACCGCCGCCGACUGACCAACAGCUGGAGAAGGUUGUGGAAGAAGAGAUGGAAAAGGAACAACUCACAGACGAGCCUAAAGAAGAACCAGGCCAUGAUAACGAGGUCACUGCUGAGAUGCUGGGCAAGUUAAAUGACGGCAGACGCAUCGAUUACGUGCUGCAAGAAGCUCCUAUUGAAAUGAUAAACGAAUAUCUCUUCGCGAUGAGUAGCCAUGCCUGUUACUGGGAAUCGGAGGACACGAUGCUGCUGAUGCUGCGGGAGAUCUACGAGGCCUGCGGGGUCCAGGCGGACGGCUGCGUGCCGAUGAACACCAUGACAGUGCAGCGGACGAGGCCACUAAACCCUGAGGAUUCCAACGUCGCAGAUUACCCGUCAACAAGCCGCGGUGGACUUUAA